AUGGCGGACAAAAAGGCAUCGCCGGCAUCGCCGGAGGCUGAGCAUCUUGAAUCCGAAGUGAAGAUAGACCCUGCUAGUCUCAUACCCGGACAAGCGAGAGAACCAUAUGGCGAGGCUGGUUUAAAGGGCAUUGUAAACAACAAAUAUGUCUGUACCUGUGCAGCCUUCGCUACUCUGGGUGGUGCGAUGUUCGGGUAUGACCAGGGUGUUGUGAGCAUUACUCUCACAAUGGGCCAAUUCGUCGAGAUGUUCCCGGAAGUUGGUGCUGAUGCUCCAGGUGGUGGUUUCAUGAAGGGUAUCCUCACGGCGAUGAUCGAAUUGGGAGCUUUCUUGGGAGCUAUGAACCAAGGUUGGCUUGCGGACAAGAUUUCCCGCAAGUGGUCAAUCAUGGCUGCCGUGAUUGUUUUCAUAUUUGGGGCCGCGCUACAAGCUGGAGCAACAAGUUUCGGCAUGCUUGUGGGGGCUCGGUUUGUGGGAGGAAUCGGAGUUGGCAUGCUUGCAAUGGUGGCACCACUGUACAUCUCAGAGAUUGCACCUCCCGAGAUCCGUGGUACAUUGCUCGUGUUACAAGAGCUGAGUAUUGUCACGGCCAUUGUUAUCGCCUUCUACAUCACAUAUGGAACUCGCUACAUCCCCGGUGAAUGGUCAUGGCGUCUUCCGUUCUUAAUUCAGAUUAUUCCUGCCCUAUUCCUCGGUAUUGGAAUCCCCUUUCUCCCACAUUCACCGCGCUGGCUCGCGGGAAGAGGUCGUGACGAAGAAGCCUUGCAGACCCUCUGCAAACUACGAGACGUUGAUGAGACAGAUCAGCGUGUGUUACGAGAGUGGGUUGACAUUCGGUCGGAGGUUGCCUACUGCAAGGAACUGAUCGCUACACGCCAUCCGAAAUGUCAGGAUGGGACGAUGUUUAGCCGUGCCAUGCUUCACGUGUGGAGUUACCUCGAUUGCUUCCGCAAGGGCUGCUGGAAACGGACCCACGUUGGAAUUGGAAUCAUGUUCUUUCAGCAAUUUGGUGGUGUGAAUGCCCUAAUUUACUACUCGCCCAGUUUGUUCGAAGCAAUGGGUCUCAAUUACUUCAUGCAGCUUAAUAUGUCUGGAGUGCUCAACAUUUGUCAGAUGGUCGCUUGCAUCGUCUCACUCUGGGGAAUGGACAGAUUCGGUCGUCGGCCAUUGCUCUUCAGUGGUGCGGUUUGCAUGGUUAUCUCCCAUCUUAUUAUUGCCGUCUUAAUGAGCCAAUUCCAAUCGGACUGGGGCUCACACACGGGAGAAGCCUGGGUUUGCGUCGCAUUCCUGUGCUUUUUCAUGUUGACCUAUGGAGCCUCGUGGGGGCCUAUCCCUUGGGCAAUGCCAGCUGAAAUUUUUCCUUCUUCGCUGCGUGCGAAGGGUAUGGCAUACUCAACAAUGUCCAACUGGUUGAACAACUUCAUCAUUGGUCUCAUCACCCCGCCCCUUGUGCAAAAUACCGGGUACGGAACCUAUGCUUUUUUCUGUGUCUUUUGUACUUUGUCCUUUGUUUGGACUUGGUUCUUCGUCCCGGAGACAAUGGGACGUACCCUGGAAGAGAUGGAUGAAGUAUUCCAGGACAACACUGGCAGUGAUGAAAGAGAUCAGCGUUCUAGGAUUGAAGCCACUAUUUGGUCACACGUGGCGGCAAACCCUCGUCAAACCGUCGAACGAGUUGCUUAA